UCAUCACACAAUUCACAAACCAUCUUUGUAUUUCUUACCAAGUGUAAUUAUUCUACAUUGUCUUAACCAUCAUGGCUUUCAAGUAUGUUCAACUAGUUAUGUUAUUACUUGUUGCAGCUACAUUGCUGGUGGCUAGUGAGGCUAACAGGAACUUCGCUCAAGGGCCUCAAAAUUCAGAUUCUGGCUUCAAUCUUACUUCCGGCUGGCCAUGGAAUUCACCAGACUCUCCACAAAAUUACACCAGUCCUCCGGGCUUCAAUUUUACGGCUAACUGGCCAUGGAAGGCUCCAAAUGUGAAGCAGAGCUCGAGAAGGAUUGUCGUUGGAGAUGACCAGAAAUGGCAGUUUGGGUUCAACUACACAAACUGGGCCAUCAAGAAUGGCCCCUUUUAUCUCGGUGACACUCUAGUCUUCAAGUAUGAUCCACCAAGCAACACUACACAUCCUCACAGUGUGUAUCUUCUCCGAAACUAUGGUAGUUUCGCGAAUUGCGACCUGCGAAGGGCAAAGAGGUUGGCCUCAGUGACACAAGGUGCAGGAACUGGAUUUGAGUUGGUGCUGAAGAACCGGAAGCCUUACUAUCUGGCUUGUGGUGAAAGCAAUGGCUUCCACUGCAAAGUUGGCCUCAUGAAAUUCUCUGUCAUUCCCCUCAUCCGUUGGACUUGAUCAUAAACAGACCUAUCCAUAUAUCUAAGAUCAAGAAGCAAGAAAGAUUUAUAGUAUGAUUUUUAGACUGAAUUGUUAUAGUUUGUUGUCGGAACAAUAAAAGAAAGAUGUUUUUUCUUGGAGAGUUUGAGUUCCCUUUAUGUAUUUGCAUGUACUUUUUAGUCGACCACAGAGUCCUGAAGCAUCAUUUGUAGUCUUUGGUGCAAGAUAAAUCUAUUUGUUAUUUUCGA